UUCUGACACCACAUAUAAUUCCUCCCUUCAAGCUAGCUGUUCAACACCUACCUUCUCUAGCAGAUCGAGUAGCAAUAUGAGCCCACAAACGAUGUCCAGAUGCACAACACCACCACUACUCUCACAAACACUGCCUUCUCCACACAUCGCCGUUGCAAUUUUGGUGACCAUGGCUGCCACUCUGAUGCUCUUGCUGCUCCAUCGUCACAAGAGAGGAGCCGCGUCCAAGAAAAGGGAGGCAGGCCGGCUACCCCCAGGCCCGGCCACGCUGCCGUUCAUCGGCAACAUGCACCAGCUGAUCUGGAACAAGUCCUCAGUGUUCCGGUGGAUCCACCGCCUGCUCGACGAGACGGCCGGCGGCGCCGAUGCCCUGACCCUCAAGCUCGGGUCCGUCCAUGUCGUCGUCGUGGCGUGCCCGGAGAUCGCUCGUGAGGUUCUCCGCAGGAACGAGGCGGCGUUCUUCGCCCGCCCGGCGACGUUCGCCUCCAACCUGUUCAGCUACGGGUACAAAUCCACGAGCCUGACGGUGGUCGAAGACCAGUGGAGGAAGAUGAAGCGGGUGCUCACCUCCGAAGUCCUCUCCCCGGCUCUCGAGUGCCAGCUCCAUGGCCGGCGUGCCCUGGAGGCCGAUCACCUCGUCAGGUCCGUCCAUGGCCAGCUGAAGCUGACACCAGAAGGCGGCUGCAUCGACAUACGCCAUGUGGCGCGCCACUUCUGCGGCAACAUCAUCCGGAGGCUCGUCUUCGGGAAGAGGUGCUUCGGCGACGGCGAGUCGCCGGCGGCCGACGAGCAGGAGCACGUCGACGCGCUCUUCACACUCGUGAACUACGUGUACAGCUUCUGCGUGUCAGAUUACUACCCUGGCUUGGUUGGCCUCGACCUGGAUGGUCACGAGAAGGUUGCCAAAGGCGUGAUGAGCACGCUGGAUCGGCUCCAUGGCCCCCUCAUAGAUGAGAGGGUCCGCGAGUGGUCUCAGCGUCGGAAAGCUGGAGACGACGGGAGAGAUGUCGCGGACAUUCUUGACGUGCUGGUUUCUCUCCAAGAUGCAGAUGGACAGCCAGUGCUGUCCAUGGAUGAGAUCAAAGCACAAACAGUGGAGCUGAUGUUUGGAUCAGUGGUCUACCCAUCGAAUACAGUUGAGUGGGCACUGGCUGAAAUGAUGAACAGACCGGACGUCAUGCGGAAGGCAAUCGACGAGCUCGACGCGGUCGUUGGGAAAGAAAGGCUCGUCCAGGAAUCUGACAUCUCCAAGCUGAACUACCUCAAAUCAUGCAUCCGGGAGGCCUUCCGCCUGCACCCCUACCAUGCCAUCAACGCGCCGCGUGUCGCCAUGGAGGACACCACCGUUGCAGGGUACCUGAUCCCCAAGGACAGCCAUGUCAUUGUCAGCCGGAUCGGGCUGGGGAAGAACUCCAAGGUGUGGCCCGAACCGCUCGAGUUCCGGCCUGAGCGCCAUCUCGCCGGCGAUGGGGCCGCCGACGUCGUCGUUCUCGCCGAGCCGGACCUGCGCUUCAUCACCUUCGGCACCGGGAGGAGAGGCUGCCCCGUCGUGUCGCUGGGCACCGCCUUCACGAUGGUGCUGUUCGCGAGGCUUCUGCAGGGAUUCAGUUGGGCGAAGCCUCCAAGCAUCGACAGGAUCGAUCUGCAGGAGUCCCCUACUAGCCUUGCACUAGCAGCACCCCUUGUUUUGCAAGCAGAACCACGCCUGGCUCCACAUCUCUACGCGUAGAUUUCUAGUAUCAGUACUGUCUACUGUGUGUCAUGCAUAUUAUGGACAGAAUAAUAUUGUCGUUGUCAGCUUAUCAAGUUAUCAUCUAUUUAGCCGUGCACUGUGACGAACUAAAUUACUCUACA